GGUUAACGUCUAAAAUGUUGUCAGGUGCUUUUAAAAUGACGAAGAAGAUUCCUACCCAGUCCUGAUAUCCGGGCAGUUAGCAGAAACACAACGUUUAAUCAAACGUCUUAUAAAUGGGUAAAAAAGAUAAAGGAGAACGAGAAAAGUCCAAGUCCAAACGGCGUUUCCAUGAGGAAGAUGAUGACGAUGAAGAGGUGGUGGGCAGUGAGUCACAGGAAGCUGUUCCUGCCGCUGCAGGUAAACAAGUUGAUGAAUCGGGUACGAAACUAGACGAGUAUGGAAGCAAAGACUACCGUCUUCAGAUGCUCCUGAAGAAUGAUCACUCGUCACGUCCACUCUGGGUGGCUCCAGAUGGCCACAUCUUCCUUGAAGCCUUUUCACCUGUGUACAAGUAUGCUCAGGAUUUCUUGGUUGCCAUUUCCGAGCCGGUGUGCAGGCCAAACCACGUGCAAGAGUACAAGCUCACAGCCUAUUCCCUAUAUGCAGCUGUCAGUGUGGGGUUGCAAACCUCUGACAUCAUAGAGUAUCUGCAGAAACUUAGCAAAACUUCUAUACCUGAUGGAAUCAUACAAUUCAUUCAGCUUUGCACAGUAAGCUACGGUAAAGUCAAGCUGGUGCUUAAACACAACAGGUAUUUUGUUGAGAGCGCCUUCCCUGAUGUGAUACAGCGCCUUCUGCAGGACAAUGUGAUCCGGGAAUGUCGCCUUCGUAAUGCAGACGGAGAUGACACCGAGCUUAUAACUGAAGUCAUCCACAGCAAGUCAGCACUCUCCAAGUCUGUCCAGGAUAAGGGAAGUACCUCAACCUCGCAGCAGCCAAGUGAAGCGGAAACGUCAACCCAGCAGAUUCCAGAGGACAUCUUUAGCUACUAUGAACAGAUGGAUAAAGAUGAAGAAGAAGAGGAGCAAACUCAGACUGUGUCUUUUGAGAUCCGACAGGAGAUGAUUGAAGAACUCCAGAAGCGAUGUAUUACGCUAGAAUAUCCACUUUUGGCAGAGUAUGAUUUUCGCAACGAUACAGUCAACCCAGACAUCAACAUAGACUUGAAACCUACAGCCGUUCUGCGACCUUACCAGGAAAAAAGUCUCCGCAAGAUGUUUGGAAAUGGCAGAGCUCGUUCUGGGGUCAUUGUUCUGCCCUGCGGUGCUGGAAAAUCCCUGGUGGGCGUAACAGCAGCAUGUACCGUACGUAAACGCUGCCUGGUGCUGGGUAACUCGGCAGUGUCAGUGGAGCAGUGGAAGUCCCAGUUCAAGAUGUGGUCCACCAUCGACGACUCGCAGAUCUGCCGUUUCACCUCAGAUGCCAAGGAUAAACCCAUUGGCUGCUCAGUGGCCAUCAGCACCUACUCCAUGCUGGGUCACACCACCAAACGCUCCUGGGAGGCUGAGAGGGUGAUGGAGUGGAUGCGAAGCCAGGAGUGGGGACUAAUCAUCCUGGAUGAGGUGCACACAAUUCCUGCGAGGAUGUUCCGCCGAGUUCUGACCAUUGUGCAGGCUCACUGCAAACUGGGCCUCACUGCCACCUUAGUCAGAGAAGACGACAAGAUUGUGGAUCUUAACUUCCUAAUUGGACCCAAACUGUAUGAAGCCAACUGGAUGGAACUGCAAAACAAUGGCUACAUUGCCAAAGUCCAGUGCGCAGAGGUGUGGUGCCCAAUGUCUCCAGAGUUCUACAGAGAAUAUGUGGCCAUCAAAACAAAGAAGCGCAUACUGCUCUACACCAUGAACCCAAACAAGUUCCGUGCCUGUCAGUUCCUCAUUCGCUUUCAUGAGCGUCGCAAUGAUAAAAUCAUUGUCUUCGCUGACAAUGUGUUCGCCUUGAAAGAAUAUGCCAUUCGCCUCAACAAGCCUUACAUCUAUGGUCCGACCUCUCAGGGCGAACGUAUGCAGAUUUUACAAAACUUCAAACACAACCCCAAAAUCAACACUAUUUUUAUUUCUAAGGUUGGAGACACCUCUUUUGACUUGCCAGAAGCUAAUGUUCUUAUUCAGAUCUCCUCCCACGGUGGGUCACGCAGACAGGAAGCUCAGAGGCUUGGCAGAGUCUUAAGAGCCAAAAAAGGGAUGGCAGCAGAAGAGUACAAUGCCUAUUUUUAUUCACUGGUGUCUCAGGAUACACAGGAAAUGGCUUAUUCGACCAAGAGGCAGAGGUUUCUGGUGGACCAGGGCUACAGCUUUAAGGUCAUCACUAAGCUGGCAGGUAUGGAGGAAGAGGAUCUGAUGUUUUCCAAUCGAGAUGAGCAGCACCAGCUCCUGCACAAAGUCUUAGCUGCUUCAGAUCUGGAUGCUGAGGAGGAGGUAGUGGCCGGCGAGCUGGGGGCAAGACCACAGUUCUCAAGGCGGACAGGCACAAUGAGCUCCAUGUCCGGAGCAGAUGACGCAAUCUACAUGGAAUAUCAGGGCCAAAGCAAAAGUAAACUCUCUGCAUCGAAUAAAAGUGUUCAUCCGCUGUUUAAACGCUUCAGGAAGUAGACUCAGACACUCUAAGUUAGGAUGAACUUGGUACUACAGAUGGUCAAGAGCCUGAGAACCCUACAGCUGCUGGUCCAGACCAGAGGAACGGCUGAAAAGAAAGAGCAAACACCAGGUUUGCCAAACGGACAGUUUAAUGUUGUUUAUUAUUGUUAAGCUGUGAUUUACUUCCUUUAUCAUAGAGGUAUGAUAUGUGGUAGUUUGGACAGAAAAACCCAAUAAUGUUGAGGUUCAGAACUCUUAGCUCUUAACUUAAUCAGCUGAGUGAAUAAAAACAUGUUUGUAAAUUGUCAAGCCAUGAAAUUUGUAAAGAAGGAAUAUUUUGUACUUGCAAGGUUUGACAGACUAUUGCUAUUGAUGUAGCAAAAAUAAAUAAUAAUAAAAAAACUAAACACCAUGAAA